AGCUGCGCCUUCAAGGCGGCGACGGGCGUCGUGCUCGGCGCGGGCGUCGGCGGCAUGAUGGGCCUCUUCUUCGGCAUCCUCGGCGCGGACCCGGCCGUGCGGAUCGCGUGGCGCGCGCUCGGCGACAAGGCGCUCUGGUACUGCAAGUCCUUCGCCGUCAUCACGGCGCUGUUCAGCGGCUGCGACUGCCUCUUCGAGAAGUUCCGGGGCAAGCACGACGUCGUCAACGGCGGGCUCAGCGGCUGCGCGACGGGCGCCGUCCUCGCGGCCAAGCAGGGGCCUCAGGCCGCGGGCAUCGGCUGCGCGGGCUUCGCCGCCUUCUCCGUCGCCAUCGAC